CCGCCUUUGUCUGGUUUAUCCGAUAUACAUAUACAUAUACAUAUAUAAUUUCCAUUCCUCUUUUCUCCCUGCAAAACCUUAACCACACGACUGGACAAUUUAGGGUCAAAGGAAGCUCCGGAAAUGGCGACUCUCACCGUACCACCGGUCCUCACCUCCCCUGCCGACGACGCCAUGCAGCUCUACCGUGCUUUCAAGGGCCUUGGAUGUGAUACUGCCGCCGUAAUCAAUAUUCUCGCCCACCGAGACGCCACACAACGCUCUCUCAUCCAACAGGAGUACCAGAAAAUAUACUCCGAGGAUCUUCUGAAGCGCUUAAUUUCUGAACUCACUGGCAAACUUGAGACGGCUGUUCUACUGUGGAUGCAUGACCCAGCAGGACGCGACGCGAUAGUUGUGAGGCAGGCAUUCACUCCCUCGGUAAAUCUUCAAGCAGCCACAGAAGUGAUCUGUUCCCGAACUCCAACACAAAUACAGGUAUUCAAGCAGCAUUACUACUCGAGAUUCGGGACUCAUCUUGAGCACGACGUUGAAUCCCAUACCUCUGGGGACCACAAGAAACUCCUUCUUGCAUAUGUGACUAUGCCUCGUUAUGAAGGCAUGGAAGUAGACAGAGCGACUGUUGAGAUGGAUGCGAAAGCUCUGUUCAAAGCAGGAGAGAAGAGGUUGGGGACUGAUGAGAAGACUUUCAUCCGAAUCUUCAGUGAACGCAGCAGGGCACACAUGGCUGCUGUAAGCGCUGCUUAUUAUAAUAUGUAUGGGAAUUCAUUGAAGAAGGCAGUAAAGAAAGAAACAUCGGGUUUCUUCGAACUUGGUCUGCUGACGAUUGUCCGAUGUGCGGAAAAUCCCACUAAGUACUUCGCAAAGGUGCUGCACAAGGCAAUGAGGGGUCUAGGAACGGAUGACACGACUCUUAUAAGGGUCAUCGUGACGAGGACCGAGAUAGACAUGCAGUACAUAAAAGCGGAGUACCUCAAGAAAUACAGAAAGACGUUGAACGAUGCGGUUCACUCGGAAACAUCAGGACAUUACAGGGCCUUUCUUCUGGCACUCCUCGGCCCUAACCAUUAGGUCUCAAGGGCUCAGGUCGUAGGUUGUGUGAAUAAAAUUAGGUGACGCAGGACUGACGUAGUGUGUCUCUGGAACAGAUUCGAUUUCUUUAAUGUGGUCUAGGCAGCGUCUUUUGUGUGCUUUAAUAUGUACAUAGCUGGGCUGCUUCGAUGAUUUGCGCAGUGUGUGAAAACUGAAAAUAUUAAAGCACAUCAAUCAUUUCUCAAA